AUGCCUUCAAUAUUACCUAACGAGUGUCUUCAAGAGAUUUUUGCAACUAUUAACGAUGCCGAUUUUUCAACACUUUAUUCGGUUAUAUUAGUUAACCGUACCUGGUGUGAAAAUGCAAUUGCUUUUUUAUGGAGGGCACCUUUUAGAUCUGAUCCAAAAACCACGAAUAUUGACAAAAUUGUCCCAAUAUUCUUAUCUUUUUUGAGAUAUGAUAUCAAGAUUGACCUUCGCAUUGAUUCUUUCAAAUUACCAACAAAAUUGACAUUUUAUUAUCCUUCAUUUUUGCGGCAUCUUGACUUAAAUAACUUAAUAAUUGCCGUUACCCACUGGCUUCAUGCGAAUCCUCCACUUAAUGAAAUGGCACUUUUUUAUCACAAAAGAACAAAAAAAGAGAUUAUUAUAGAAGAUGAUCAAAGGAAUGACUUUGUUAUUGCAAUUCUAAAUGUCAUUAUUACCAGCUCCGAAAGAAUUUAUGAUCUACAGAUCAACAUGAAAGACAAAAUCGAUCUUAACAUGCAAAAUUUUUUCAAAAAUGAUUUAAAAAAAUUUUUCGCAACUCCAGAGGCACAAAAAUGUCUUUCCAAACUUGAACGAUUCGAUUGUAGUGGACAGAUUCCUAUAUCCGAUAUCCUUUUAGAACUAUCUAAUUAUGCACACAACAUUGUGACUUUAUCAUUUCAUCAAAGCAAUUUAGAAGAUGAAAACAAUGAUGUGAAGCAUAAAGAAUUAUCGGCUUUAAUAAAAAUUCAACAAAAUCUUCAAUAUAUACAUUUUGAAUGGCUUAAGAAUGAAGGAGACAUUUCGUCGGUUAUUUUAGCCCUUUCAUCAAAUAUUAAUUCUCUCAGAAGUUUUGAGAUGGUUAACGGAGUAGUAAAUACUAAUGCAUUGGAAUUAUUAUCGAAAUGUUCUAAUAUCGAGGCUUUACAUUUCAAAGGACAAUCAUUUAUGAGUCGACAUAUGGAUAUAUUCUGUGAUGCAGUACUUCCAAGGCUGAAUUCACUACAAUUUAUUAAUAUAGAACGUAGAAGGGAUCGCACUGAAGAUACGAAUCCUUUCGUUAGAAUGAUUCAAAAUACUGGAAUUAAUUCAAAUUUACGUUCACUUUGCAUUUGUGACAAAGCAAACCACCACUCAUCUCUUCUUGAUGCAGUAUCUCAAAUUUCACAAAAUCUUACUUCUUUCACAACACAUCUUACUAAAAGUACGGAAAAAUCAUUCAUCCUAUCCAUUUUACGAAAUGCUAGGAGAUUAGAAAUUUUGAAUAUAUUACAAUUCAAUUUAAUUUAUAUUGAAGAUGACGGAUUUCUUAGUGAAAUGGCAAAAGUUGUUCCUGAGACAUUACGUCACCUAGACAUAUCUCAAUUAGAAUUUUCGAUUGAGUCAUUAGGUGAAUUUUUGACAAAUUGUGGAGUCAAAAUUGCUCUACUUAUUUAUAAUUCGGUUUAUUAUAAGAACUCACAAGAAGAUUAUAUCCGAAAGUUAGCUGAUGAGAAUCAAUGGAUUAUAAAAAAGUUUAGGACAAAAGAUGAAACGACUCAUACCAAAAUUUUUAUUGAAUGGGGAUAA